GUUUGGAAAGGAAGAAAAAGUAGUCGAGAUAUUUGAUCUCUGCGUUACGUUGUUUCUUUGAGAGUAGAAGAGAUAGUAGAAUAUGUCUUCUUUGGAUAGUGAAUCGGACGUUGAAUUCGUCCCUCCUCGCGGCUUCAAACCGCUCGAGCAACCGAAAUUCGACGCGCCAAAGACGCUGGCGGGCGGUAAGAAAGUGUGGCUGAUCAAGGUGCCCAAGUCGAUAAUCGCAAAGAAGCAACUGCCGAAGCGGAUUCCGGUGCCGAGCCGGGCGGCGCCGGAGGUGACGUUCAAGCACGAGAGGGUGAAGUACGUUGUUGCGGAGAAUAAGGAGGAGGAAGCUAUGGCGCGGAACGUGAGGAUUCUGGCGCCGACGGCGAAGAAGGGGCAGUUGAGGCAAUUGAUGGUUCCUAUCUCGUCGGUGCUGCAGAUCAGCGAGGUUGCUUCAGUUCCAAGUAUAAACCUCAACGGAAAAAGUAAAUAAGUCAAAAGUGGAUAUGUAUCGCAAGGAGAAGAGACGAUCAGGAGCGCGCGAGGAAUAUAGUAACUUAUAGACGGUAUCCAUCUUCUUGGAGACAACAAAAGUUCACGGUUAAUUUGGAGUUGGUUUUGCUAGUUUGAUUGUUUGUGUCAUGUAUAGACAAAUGAUGAAUAAAGGAGCGAUGAAUGGGCGCUGUCAGAGUUUUGUAUACU